ACUACUCUGGUUUAGCAAUUUUCCCGAGAAAGAUGAAUUCAAACAUUUUCCAGCAAAAGCAGCUAAAUUUACAAGAAUCCUUCUCUAAUAUUCAUACCCAAUGCUCCAAUUUACUCAAGAACGUUUCGCAAACACUUAAUCCUCUCUUCAAUCACAAAACUGAGCAUGAGCAUCAUCCCAACAUCUUCUCUGCUCUCGAUUCCUUGCGAGAACAAGCUAAACAAGCCCUUGAUUCCGGAUUCUCUCGCUUCACCUCCGUUUCCGGCUCUAAAAACGCACCCGUCUGGGCUAGAAUCUCUGACGACGGCGCGAAGACCCAUGUGGCGACGGCGGCUCCGAUUCGGGGUGCGGGAUUAUCCGCCGAAGAUAUGGAGGAGAGAUUGGCGGGAGUUCCUGUUUACGCGCUGAGCAAUCCGAAUGAGGAGUUUGUGUUGGUUUCAGGCACUUCCACUGGGAAAUCUCUGGGUUUAUUGUUCUGUAGAGAGGAAGAUGCGGAGGCGCUUCUUAAACAGAUGAAGAUGAUGGACCCUCGGAUGAGGAAAGAAGGUUCCAAGGUUGUAGCUCUUGCUCUUAGCAAGGCGUUCCAGUUAAAAGUUAAUGGUGUGGCAUUUAGGUUGAUCCCGGAGUCUACUCAAGUUAAAAAUGCCCUCAAGGAAAGGAAAACAGCUGGUUUCACUGAUGACGACUUCCAUGGUGUUCCAAUUUUCCAGUCAAAGAGCUUGAUUCUACGGAGUGAUAACAAGACUUUUCGCCCUGUUUUCUUCAGAAAGGAGGACUUGGAAAAAUCCCUAAUACGAGCUGCACGCCAACAGAACCGGCUUAACCCUGCUCUGAAACCGGGAGAUAUUCAGGUUGCAGUUUUCGAAGAAAUUGUCAAGGGGAUGAAGGAAAGCGCGUCAAACUGGGACGACAUUGUGUUUAUACCGCCAGGUUUUGAGGUUUCAACUGAGCAAACCCAAGAGUAGGUGAUAUCCUUGGAGCAUCGUAAAACCCUAAACCCCAGCUUUUGGGGUGCUCGUUGCUUCUCCAUUUCUCCUGUUUUGCAGCUCUGUUUUUUUUUGUAGAACUCUGUUUUUCAGUUUCCUUAUAACUCAGGUUGACGCUAGGUUGCAAUAUAGGCUGAUUAAAGCCACUGAAGCCUCUAAUCCCAAGUUCUUGUUCUCUUUUGUAAAUUAGCCUCUCUUUUUUUCUUUCUUUUCUUGUUCAUGUCUAUUGUUAAAUCUGAGCAUACCAAGAAGGCAAGAACAUUCAUCUU